AAAAUCUGCAUUUUCCCAAAUUUGCAAGAUACAAUCAAUUAUGCUAAAAUGUCGGAGGAUGCUGGUUGUGCUCUUUUAGCCGUUCAUGGAAGAACAACAGAUGAGAAAGAAGAUCCGGGCUAAUUGGAAUGUCAUCAAAACAGUUAAAAAUGCAGCUAUAAUUCCUGUUCUUGCUAAUGGGAAUAUACGGCACAUGGAUGAUGUCAGGGAGUGUUUGGAAGAGACCGAUGCAGAAGAGGUUCUUUCAACCGAGUCUUUUCUUGAAAAUCUAGCUCUCUUUUUUGGAUAUUGGACUGCAGAAUGGGUGGGGAGUGAAGAAUUAAGAAAAGAGGGGAAACUGGACCAGGCUGACUUGCUGGUGGAAUAUUUGAUGUUCUGUGAGAAACAUCCAGUGCCAUGGAGAAUGAUCUGUUCUCACGUGCACAAGUUAUUGGGAGAGUGGUUUAGAAUCCACCCAAAUAUAAGAGACGAUCUCAAUGCAAAAUCUAAGCUUACAUUUGAAUUUCUUUAUGAUAUAGUGAACCGACUUAGGGAACUUGGCGUAAGGAUGCCUCUUUUUUUUGGACGGUGAUCUAACUAGACUGUUGUGUGAAAAUCAUAGUUCCGGACAAGACUUGUAAACGUUUCUGGAACCUGUGUAUGGGUUUUGGUUUGUCAAUUCAUUACACUGCAACUAACAGUUGGAAAGAUCCAAAUGGAGUCGACGGUGCUCAGAUCCUUCCCUCGCAUAUUCAUCAAAUUGUGAGAUACUUGAUACACUCUUGAGUAUGAAAUUUGUUUUAAUGUACACUUAUAAUUAGAAUCUUGAUCUUGCAGGUUAUGCAGCAUUGGGGG